GGAGGGAGGGAGGCGGUCUGGUCUGACCCGAGUUAGCGGAGCCGGCGGACGGACGGGCUGCGGACCAUCCGGACAACAAAGCCCGGGAGGGAGAGCGGCUGGCGGGCAGGACAGGACAGGGCAGGGAUGGAGCGGGGCGGCGCCGGCCUCCGGCACCAGGCUCGUUGCGGCAUCCGACGCUGAGGUAACGGACCGGCCUUUGUGAACGGCGGCGAGGGUCGCGGGCCCGGGUCACGCCUGACCCGACCCUUCACACCCGGACCCUAGGCCAUGAACUUCCAGUCUCCGCCGGCGAUGCUGGCCGGCUCCCCGGGCUCAGGCUCGGGCUCGGGCUCUGGGGGCUCGGGGAUGGGUCCGCCCGGCGGGGCCCUGGCGCUCAGCUGCGGCUCCGGCUCCGGCUCCAUGCCCGUGUUGUCGCACUCGGGCUCGGGCUCAGGGUCCGCCGGCGCCCCGGCGCUCUCCAACUCGGCGGCCAUCCGCGCCGAGAUCCAGCGCUUCGAGAGCGUCCACCCCAACAUCUACGCCAUCUACGACCUGAUCGAGAGGGUCGAGGACGUGGGGCUACAGAACCAGAUCCGAGAGCAUGUCAUCAGCAUCGAAGAUUCAUUUGUCAACAGUCAAGAAUGGACGCUGAGCCGGUCCGUGCCCGAGCUGAAAGUGGUGAGUGGCCGCACUGUGUUCCCCCUGCCCUCUCGUCAUGAUGGAGGGACAAGAAAGCCCUGCCCCCUCACACACCUCUGGUCCUGGACUCUCCCACUAAUGGAAACAUCCUGCGGGAGAAUAGAUGUGGAGGGAGGGCGUUGCCUGCGUUCUGACUCUGUGUGUUGUCUGCAGGGGAUUCUGCUGAAGCGCAGUGGGAAGUCACUCAACAAAGAAUGGAAGAAGAAGUACGUCACACUGUGUGACAACGGCGUGCUGACCUACCAUCCCAGUUUACACGAUUACAUGCAGAACGUCCAUGGCAAGGAGAUCGACCUGCUGCGCACCACAGUGAAAGUACCGGGCAAACGCCUGCCCCGAGCCUCGGCCGGCAAUGCUCCCGGCGCCAGCCCCAAGACCAACGGCCUGACCAAGGACAGGAGCAACCUGCAGCUAGCGGCCAGCCAAGACGUGGAGGAAAGCUACGAGUUUGUCAUUGUGUCCUUGACCGGCCAGACCUGGCACUUUGAGGCGUCUAGUUGUGACGAGAGGGAAUCGUGGGUGCUGGCCAUCGAGAGCCAGAUCUUCGCCAGCCUGCAGUCCUGUGAGAGCAGCAAAAACAAGUCUCGACUAGGAAGCCAGAGUGAUGCAGUCGCCAUCCAGUCCAUUCGUAAUGUGCGGGGGAACAGUUUCUGCGUUGACUGUGACACACCUAAUCCGGAUUGGGCCAGCUUGAACCUGGGAGCGUUGAUCUGCAUAGAAUGUUCCGGCAUCCACCGGAACCUGGGCACCCACCUGUCGCGGGUGCGCUCGCUGGACCUGGACGACUGGCCCGUUGAGCUGAUCAUGGUGAUGACUGGCAUCGGCAAUGCCAUGGCCAACAGUGUGUGGGAGGAUUCCACACAGGGGCUGGUCAAACCCUGUCAGGACAGCAGCAGGGAGGAGAAGGAACGGUGGACUUUGUGCUCCUUGAUAUUCCUCUGCUGUAAGACUAUGAGUGGCCUGGACCAGGAAUGGGCGGCAGGCCCCAACCACGCAGGCCAUUGGUGA